UAUUUGACUGUGUGAUUUUCGUAUGAUCUCAUCAGUAAGUAUCAAAUGUAUGUGUCUAAAACAUAUUUUGCCGCAGCAGCCGUACAUCGGCGCUUGACCUCUGAAACGUUGGUCAUCCUUGAAUGUGUGAAGUUUGAAAUAUGUGAUUGUCCCCUCUACUGAGAUGUGUGAAGGGCGUGCAAUAUAAGAAGAGUUCUGACAACGGUAUCACAUCAGUUAAUCAGCGGAAUACGGACGGGAAAGUUCCAAUCUUGCAUUAGUUAAUCGAAAGAAGUCAGAGUUUCCCCUGAAAAUGAACUAUUGGAACUACGUUCCAAUUCAGCAAAAUGAAACGUGUGAUAAACCAACAAUGUCGCAGCCGCGUCAUACUCCGCGCAUUCUGGGGAGGAGAUUUGCUUUGACGGCUACAUUCUACAAAUAUUUGGAUAUAGGAAUCAGUGUGAGACUUGAGCCUUUUGUAGAAAUGAUUCUUGGUGACAACAAGGGCAAUGAGAUACCGCUGUCACGUGAUACCUGGGUAAUAAUGAUUGAGAAACGGACGGAUAUCGAGCAAUUCCUGCAGUCGACAACCGCUACAUCGUUGUGGAUUAAUGAUCUUUUCAUCGAAGUCGUUAAAAUACGUAACGAGAGUAUCAUAAAAUUCACUUUAAAUAACAAAAUUAUGUACAUGAAACCAUCGACUGUACAAUUUUUACUAAAUCUUGAAGAUGUUAUCAAUAAUGCAUAUUUUAAGUUAUGGGAUGAUAUGCAUAUAGUAAAAGAACGAUAUAAUCAAUUUGUAAACUGUUUGCGGCGAAAUAAUAUUCAUAACAAGUGCGAUGCAGUCAAAUUGUUAAAUGAAAUAUGUGUAAAAACUUCGCUCGUAGAUUGCGAACUGAUGGUUUAUGCAUCAGACAAUAUUGUAUACGACGCGUUACAAAAGGAAUAAAU